GGCGGAAUGAGGCGUUCGGGAUCACAGGUUUGUGCUCGGAAGAGUCUGAGGGGGCAUCACGUCGUCUCUCACAGGCUGUGGGGCUUUAAAGAUCUCAGAGUUGUCCAAACUUGGACCACCUGGAAGUCUUUCUGCUAUCUGAACAUUUAACCGACACCAUGUUCCUCCGCGGCUCUAAAAAGAGGCGGUCGAACCGCUCGCAGGAGGAAGAAGAUCCAGACCAAGGGCAGCCCUGUAUGCGCUGUGGAGACAAAUGCCCUGGCUUCCGUGUGCAUGGCUGGAGAAAGAUCUGUGUGCACUGUAAGUGUGUACGAGAGGAGCAUGCCGUGCGGUCUGUGCCGGGUCAGCUCGAAAAGAUGAUGACAAAGCUGGUGUCGGACUUCCAGAGGCACUCCAUCUCUGACGAUGACUCUGGCUGUGCCUCUGAGGAGUACUCCUGGGUCCCACCGGGGCUGAAGCCUGAGCAGGUCUAUCAGUAUUUUAGCUGCUUACCUGAGGAUCGAGUGCCUUAUGUGAACAGUCCAGGGGAGAGAUACCGCAUCAAACAGCUGCUGCAUCAGCUCCCAGCCCAUGACAGCGAGCCCCGUUACUGUAACUCUCUGGAAGAAGGGGAGAAGAAGGAGUUGCGCCAAUUCAGCCAGCAGAGAAAAAAGGAAAACUUGGGGAGAGGCGUUGUCAGACUUUUCCCAGUAACUAUGACGGGAGCUGUCUGCCACCAAUGUAGCAGACAGAUCAGCGGCGGAGACAUUGCUGUUUUCGCCAGCCGGGCAGGACAUGGCAGCUGUUGGCACCCUCAGUGUUUCCAGUGCGCCUCCUGCAGUGAGCUGCUGGUUGAUCUGAUCUACUUCUACCAGGACGGGCAGAUCUACUGCGGCCGGCACCACGCUGAGCGGCUCAAACCCCGCUGCCAGGCCUGUGAUGAGAUUAUUCUAGCAGAUGAAUGUACAGAGGCAGAAGGAAGAUACUGGCACAUGAAGCACUUCUGUUGUUUUGAGUGUGAGGCUGCUUUGGGCGGCCAGAGAUACAUCAUGAGAGAGAGUCGGCCGUACUGUUGCUCCUGCUACGAGUCCCUGUAUGCAGAAUACUGCGACACCUGCGGAGAACAUAUCGCUAUCGACCAGGGCCAGAUGACAUACGAGGGUCAGCACUGGCAUGCUGUGGAGUCUUGCUUCUGCUGCGCCCAGUGUCGGCUGCCGUUGCUGGGACGUCCCUUCCUCCCUCGAGGGGGACUUAUCUUCUGCUCCAGAUCCUGUUCUCUGGGUGACGACCCCGAUAACUCCGACUCCUGUGACUCUGCGCUACAGAGUAGACCACCCCAACAGAGACAUUGUUGGACCAGAGAGAAACAGCAACAGGCACUGUGUGGUUCUCCACUGCGACCACUAGAGGGCAACACUCCUUUUAUAAAUCCUUCAAAAAACUGCAUUCAUAGUUCUGUGGAAAACAGAGGUGACCACUGCACUAUUCCAAAACAAAAUGGAGUUGUAACACCUAGUGGUCAUCCCCAUCCAAGAGGUUCCUACUCACCACUUCCGCACAUUCAUCGAGCAAAUGGUUUUGGAUCUUCCUGGCCCAGUGACAUUCCACAUUAUAGUUUAAUGCCAGCAGACAGUGGUGUCACACCUCCAGUUAGUGGUCCCGGAUUCCAGGGACACCUCAAUGGAAACAUUGGAGACUCUGUAACUAGCUUCACUUCAAGAGGAACCUCUACUGCUAAAGACUGCAGGAACUGGGUGAAAACAACAAAUCAAGCGAUGCAAGUGUCUCAGAAAAAUUCAGCUCCACAUGUCAGUCACCUCAUUCCACCUGAAUCACCUCACCUCCUGCCCAGCAACCCAUCCAAUCUCCCACCGCCUCCACCCACCAAGUCACGUGACUUCAUAACUCGGAAUUCACCGUCUCCAGUACUUCCCGAUCCAGACAACAGACCCUGUGACUCGCCACCUCCAUUGUCUCGCAGUGGGGCAGCCAGAGUCAGCUUCAGGGAACCAAUCAGCAGCAGCUAUUCUGUUGAAGAAGAAGAAGAUGAGAAUGAGGAGGAGCCUCAAGUGGGUGAUGAAAAGCAGUGCGAUGGAGAUGAGAUGGAACAAGGUUUAAGAGGCAGGUUACACCAACAGAAAGGCGUUCCUCCACAGAUCGAUCUACUGGAUGGAUCCUGUUACCACCAACGUAAUCUCCGGCGAAGUUGGACUCGAGGUUGUCGUGUCCCCUCUGGCUCUCCUCCCCAGCCUGGUGCAGAGAGGCGAUCCCGACGCUCGCAACGCGACCGGCCUUGUUUAGACGCUCUGGACUGGCGAGGGGACAAAGAGAGGGACAGUCUAGGUGCUGCCACUGCCUUCAAGCUGACCCUUCAACAGGGCAAGCAUGAAGACUCCUGUUCCACGUGUUCUUCAUCCUCGGACUCGGAGGAGGAGGGCUUUUUCCUGGGCAAGCCCAUUCCGCUUCCCCCACAGCUCCAAAGGCACCAGUCUGAUGCCAGGAAAGACAGAGAGGAAGAAGGAGAGAAGGAAGCACAAAGAAACUCUGGUUUGAGAGGCAGCUUUCGACGGAGACGGGCCAGCAGUCUUGAUGCAAAGGAUAAAGAUAAAAACUGUGCUAUAUCUUAACACUAACAGCCAAUGGCACUAAAACACUAAAACACACUAUAUUCAUUUGUAUGUGGUUUUACACAGAAA